ACUAAUGUGUUAAUUGAUUCACGUUCCGAGAUAUACAGCCAUGUUAGAAUGUCUAUCUGUGAGACCUCAGGAUCCCGGGAGUUCGCUGUUCUGAAAUCUGAACAGUCUUGGUACUUUGUGAAAACCUUCAGACCGUGGCUAUAAGUGAUAUACUCUUUUCUGUACACUUCUUUUGAAAAUCUUUGACCACCCUUGCUCAUUUAGUAGGUAAACUCUUCGGACCCCCUUUUGGGUUUGUAACGUUUAAGUCUCCAUCUGUGGGAAUACGUGUCCGUCAUGAGUCGGACAAUGUGGACGAUCACCGUGAUUGCAGUAGGAGCUGGAUGCUUGGCCAUAGGUUAUUAUUUCGGAAAACAACGGGUUCUCUUGGCGAAAGGUGUGUCGCAUUUAACUGAGGCCGGCAGGGAAGCAUCGUCCGGAAAAAGCCUGGAAGUAGAGAGGCUAGCUGAUGUUCAUGAAGACUUUAAAAUGGUGAAACAACUGGGCACGAUCAUAGAGGAAGGUGAGGAAGCAAAUGUGGAGCUUUUGUUUAAGAACGGUGGCCCAGAGAUCUCGAACCGUGGACGUUGAUAUAGGUAUUGGUUGUCAGGAAUGAUCUGAAGAUGGGCAAGGGGAAGAUUGCCGCUCAGUGCAGUCACGCCACCCUUGGUCUCUACAAAAAAAUCGUAAACAGAGCUCCGAAAGCCCUAACGAGGUGGGAGAUGUGUGGUCAGGUAAAGGUGGUCACUAAAGUUGAAAGUGAAGAAGAGCUUCUGUUCUUACAGAGUCGCGCUAAAGGUUUGAAAAUUCCUACACACAUCACCGUUGACGCUGGACGAACGCAGAUAGCUGCAAACUCCAGAACGGUUAUGUCAAUCUUAGGGCCCGUUAGGAUUGUUGACGAGGUUACGAGAGGUCUGAAGCUGUUGUAGUUUCGCGUUCAAAUCACCUGUUGACAUUCAAUAUAGUCCAGCAAUUUUGAUCUCUGACCUUAAAGCGUCAAUCAAAUGCUUUGACGAGUAGGGAAAAUAUAGGAAAGUCUAGUGACUCAAAUGUGGUACAUUGCCAUUGCAUACCAAGAGCUCGAGACAUUACAUAUAAAGACCAUAUAUCCUCAAUUACCCUUCAUGCUACUAUAAAUGAACUCUUUACCGUCGAACUAAGGUCGCUUGUGUCCAGAGUGGAUGAAUCAAGUUACGUAUUAGUUUUUUUUAAAGUUAUGUUUCGUAAGCGCCGCUGGUGAGAUAUGGUUUCCAGGCAUGGUUUGAGGAUCGUUCGUGUGAAUUCAUAUUCUUACAAGGGUGCAGACAAGGUUCCCAUACUUGGGACGUCUUGGAAAUCGACGUCAGAGGAAGUUCCCGGUGGAAGAUUACACAGAAGUCCUGUACUCCUGUACUGUCUUCGUACCGCAGGAGUUUCUUAUAAACUGCUACAUUGUAAAUAUUUAUAUUCGAAGAGAAGUUGGCCACUGCUCUAAGUCAUGUAUUCAGUGGUACUUUGGAACGUUCCUC